AUGAAGCGUUGGGCAACUCGGCUGAAGACAGCAUCUCUCACCGUCUUACAUUCGCUCGCUUUUUGCUGCGUUUGUGAGUACGACGAAGACUACGGCGGAUCGCGUUCGCAGAUUCGGCCGAUAGAGACCCGCCGGUUUACGAACUUGGAGGACGAGCUGUAUUCGCUCCCUGUGCUACCGCAGCAUUCGGCGAAGAAGCCCACUCAGCCGCCCCCUCAGCCGCCCACUCAGCCCGAUCUCACAUUACAGACUCGUCUGAGACCCCGACCAACGAGCAUCCCUCCUGCUUAUUGUGUGUCGGCUCCUGUUCGUCAGUUCUAUGCCGGACUGUAG